UCACUCACUCACUCUUCCUCCUGCUUGCACGCACAUACAUGUAUUGAAGCCAGAUCCCCAACACACACACACACGCCCUGUCCCUGCCUGCCUCCCUGGACUCCCUGCUGCAUGAGGUGCUUUUUGCUGUGGCGAUGUUGGGUUCUGUGGACGGAUGUGUCUCCCACUGGGGGAGAGCUUUCUGAAAACUUCCCCUCUCUUCUGUCAGGAACCUGCUGGUAACUGCUGCUGUCAUUGUCUGUGGCUCUAAAUGUCCUCUGCCAUGGCGAAGCGUGAGGCUGGAAGCACCAGCCCAGUGGUGCGUCAGAUAGACAAGCAGUUCCUGGUCUGCAGCAUCUGCCUGGAUCACUACUGCAACCCCAAGGUCCUGCCCUGUCUGCACACCUUCUGUGAAAGUUGUCUCCAGAACUACAUUCCCCCAGAGUCUCUGACGCUCUCGUGUCCAGUGUGUCGGCAGACGUCCAUCUUGCCAGAGAAAGGAGUUUGUGCUUUACAGAACAACUUCUUCAUCACUAAUCUCAUGGAGGUUCUUCAACGAGACCCGGAGUGCUCGCGGCCGGAGGCCUGCAGUGUCCUGGAGUCAGUGAGUGCUGCAGCUGCAGGGAAGCCGCUCUGCUGCCCGAACCACGAGGGAAAGGUGAUGGAGUUCUACUGUGAAUCAUGUGAGACAGCCAUGUGUCUGGACUGCACGGAGGCUGAGCACAGGGAGCACGUGACUGUUCCUCUGCGGGACGUGGUGGAGCAGCACAAGGCCGCACUGAAGACGCAGCUGGACGCAAUACACAGCAGGCUCCCUCAGCUUACAGCAGCCAUCGAGCUGGUGAGUGAGAUUUCUCGCCAGUUGAACGAGAGGAAGACUGAGGCGGUGGCAGAGAUCACCAGUACAUUCGAAGAGCUGGAGCGAGCGCUGCAUCAGCGCAAGACGGCCCUCAUCACAGACCUGGAGAACAUCUGCACCACCAAGCAGAAGGUCCUGCAGGCGCAGCUUUCAUCUCUCCUCCAGGGGAAGGAGCACAUCCAGAGCAGCUGCAGCUUCACAGAGCAGGCCCUCAGCCACGGGAGCGCCACUGAGGUGCUGCUGGUUCAGAAGCAGAUGAGCGAGCGGGUGACAGCGCUGGCCCGACACGACUUUCCAGAGAGACCACAUCAGAACGCACAUCUGGACUGUCAGGUGGAGACUGAAGGUCUGCGACGCUCCAUCCAGAACCUGGGUGUUCUCCUCACCACAGCUGCUGUCGCCCACACCUCUGUUGCCACGGGAGAGGGGCUCCGCCACGCAGCAACCGGGCAGCAUCACACCGUCACCGUGACAACGAAAGACAAGGAUGGCGAGCUGGUGCGGACCGGAAAUGCUGUUUUAAAAGCAGAGAUAACGUCUGCUGAUGGGAACCGAGCUGCAGAGACUGAGAUAAUGGACAAUAAGAAUGGAACGUACGAGGUGGGCUACACGAUACGCUCCGAGGGAGAGUACUCCUUUGCCCUGCUGCUGUACGGCCAGCCGGUACGUGGCAGCCCGUUCCGCUUACGGGCCGUGAAGGCCUCAGAUGUGCCACAGUCUCCGGAUGACGUGAAGAGGAGGGUGAAGUCUCCCAGCGGGACGGGGGGCCACAUACGGCAGAAAGCAGUGCGACGGCCCUCCAGCAUGUACAGCACCACCAAGAAGAAGGAGAACCCCAUUGAAGACGAGCUCAUCUACAGAGUGGGCUCACGGGGCAGAGAGAAAGGAGAGUUCACCAACCUGCAGGGAAUCUCAGCCUCCAGCAACGGCAGAGUCGUGGUGGCUGACAGCAACAACCAGUGCAUCCAGAUUUUCUCCAACGACGGUCAAUUCAAGAUGCGCUUCGGGGUCAGAGGUCGGUCUCCAGGGCAACUGCAGAGGCCGACGGGUGUCACUGUGGACAUGAACGGGGACAUUGUGGUGGCCGACUAUGACAAUCGAUGGGUCAGCAUCUUCUCCUCUGACGGCAAGUUCAAGAAUAAGAUCGGUGCGGGCCGGCUCAUGGGUCCUAAAGGUGUCGCUGUGGAUAAGAAUGGACACAUCAUCACCGUGGACAACAAGGCCUGCUGCGUCUUCAUCUUUCAGUCCAAUGGGAAACUUGUGACUAAGUUCGGGGGCAGAGGGACGGCGGACAGACAGUUCGCAGAAAAACUUGGCCCAAACUUUAAUAAAUCUGGCUCAGUGUUCAGUCCUCACUUUGUCGCAGUGAACAACAAAAAUGAAAUUAUCGUGACUGAUUUCCACAAUCACUCUGUGAAGGUUUACAGUGCAGAUGGAGAGUUCUUGUUUAAAUUCGGUUCUCACGGUGAAGGAAACGGUCAGUUCAACGCUCCCACCGGUGUGGCUGUGGACGCCAACGGGAACAUCAUUGUUGCUGACUGGGGAAACAGCAGAAUACAGGUGUUUGACAGCACAGGCUCCUUCUUAUCCUACAUCAACACAUCAGCAGACCCACUGUAUGGGCCCCAGGGCCUCGCUCUCACCUCAGACGGACACGUGGCUGUCGCUGACUCGGGCAACCACUGCUUUAAGGUUUACAGAUAUCUGCAGUGAGCUGAGGGAGGACACACACUGUUCAACUGCUCUUCAGACAGGUUCAUGUUACACACACUGCUCGUGGACAUCGAGCUGCGAUCCUCGGUUCCUCCAAUUGAAUUCCUUUUGCAAACAUUCAAAGAUUUAAUAUUCAGAGAUGAAAACAAAGAUAUCUGAGAAAAACAUUGAAAACACUACAAAUCCCAAAACUUUGUAAAAUAAGGGUCUUUUUAAAGACCAGUAAUUCCCCAAAAAUAUUGUAAAAAGUUAAAUUAGUUCCCUAUUUCUGAGAAAGACUUCUGGUAAAACAACGUUUAAAGGAAAUAAAAGUUCAUGUUCAACUCAGGCACUUAUUAUUUGACAACCGAAGUGGAAAUUGACCUCUGGAACCAGAUGUUUCAGAUCUAUGUCUCAUGAGUGUGACCUCACCAGUCGACAGCCUGACAGUUUUUAAAGUUGGUGAUACACUGCAAUUUUUUGGGGCAAAGCAGACGCGCAACUCUCCCAGCGACCAGCAAGAGAAGUGAGGCGAAGGUCAUCUCUGUGUCCCGGUGAAGAGUCGCUGCUCGGGCCUCUUCUGGAACACUGUUGCACGUCAGUUCGCUCCAAAAAAUUACCCGUGGUCACUGCCUUACAGUUUCCAAUCCUCACAACAGAACUCGCGCAGUACGACGGAGUAUUAGGGCCACUUAAAGAAAAGAAAAUCGGAGAUAUCCAGAAUAAAGAUCAAAUGUUACGUGGAAAUGAUAAAUAUUAUGAAGUGGAAAUUUGUAAUUUAAGUCAAGAAUUAAAUCAAAAUUUGACGAAAAAAACUAUUGCAACUUUAUUCUUCAUAAAUGAACCUAUUUUUUCUUGUGAACUAUGACUUGAUUUUCCGACUCUCUGAUAUUUCUUUCCCUUUGAGUGGUCGUAAUACUCCGGGGUACACACAGACAGGAAUGUGUUGAUUUAAAGACAUCGUUUCUUGUUCUCAUUCUGCACCUUAUCAAUAUUUCUGUUUGUUACCAACAUGUAUAUGCAAGUUUUUGUUGUUGUUGUUGUUUGGGUAUCCAAAGAGAAGCAUCAAGAAGCACAACAGGUAAUAGAACAAAAACUGAUCUGGUUCCUUCACAACUCAUUUAUCUUUAUAUCAACCAAAACAAACUUCUCAUAUCUGACCCCACCACUUCUUGCACUUUUUGCAUAUUCAUAUCUACAACCUGACGUCGUUGUACAUAUGCAUAUUUAGAUGUAUAUCUGGAUUUGAUGUCCAUGUUAUUUCACUAUAUAGCCAACUUAUUCCAGCACUAAAUGCAUCAAGGAUUUCAACACUGGAGUAUUUACUAAUACGCUAGAACGUCACGCCAAGUAGUAGCCAACUAAAUGACCUGCAAACAUCAACGGAACAAUGUUGUAUACACGUUAUUUUGCUGUGUUUUCAUUUUUUUUUUCCAAAGGACUUAAUUUAUUUAUAAUUUUCUUUUCUACAUAAUUUGUUCAACAAAUUAUUUUUCUAAUCGGUGCAUUUUGAGCUGUCUCCUCUUUGCCAAAACGUUGUUGUGCAUAGGCCUCGUAACUUGAAGCACUGAAAGCCCUUCUCUGAUUCUGCCUCUUCUUAAAGUGAGCUCACAGCCAGAGAUAGACUGUAAAAAAUAAGAUGGACGACGCGUCUCCACUUCCUUCUAGUAUCCAGAAAUGAAGCCCAAACAUCAAACUCAAAACAUCAGUGUGAUAAGAACUACUUAAAAAUGGCAGAAACCAUUUUUGAGAAUUUCUUUUUUGGACCUUUAUUAGAUUUUAAUUAAAUUUAUAACCUAUACUGCAGCCAGCCACCGGGGGCUGGGCAAAAUGCUUUGGCUUCACUUUUGGGGGAGCUUAAAUAUUGUCCAUCUUUAUAUACAGUCUAUAUAAAUCUAACUAGAACAUUUCCUUCAGCCGAAAACACGUUUGUUGUACGUUGUUGUUGAACAUUGCACAAACACAAAUAUUAUAAGAGUUAUAUAUAGUUUGCAAGAGUAAUAUAUGCCUCUGUGUAGUUAUCAUUGAACAUAAUCUGAAAGUGUACUGUGUAUUACAAGCAUAUUCUUGUUGUAGCUGACAGGCACAUUUUUCAUGAACUUUUCCAGUAGUUGCUUUGUAGUUCAAGGUUUUUUCUGUGACUCCAAGAGAAACACAACACCAGCUAACACACAGUGACGUAGUUUUUAACAAAACUUGUUUUAUAAUUAAACUGUGCCUGAUCAUUGAUCUGUGAUCCAUCCUGUCGUUCCAUCUGUUUUUCCUACUUACUGGAAAAUUGGGUUUUAUUUUUUACUGGCUCUGUGUAAAGUUACAGACGCACAUGUUCUCUUUAAAAAAUAAGAUUGUAUAAUACCAAUUUAAAAAGAAACUGAUUUUCUGAUACCGGCAAACUGUUUUUUUCAAAUCAAAUUUAUCCACUGUAUAAAUAUAACUUAACUAUAAUUUGAACAAACUUAGUUCAUUUGUGUGUUUGAUCAAUAUCAUCAAAUUCACUUUUCUUUUUAGUCAGUCCAACAAUUUUUCUUUUUUCCGAUGUAAUUUCAACACUGCAUUAACCAUGUCGUGUUGUCCUGCUGUAAACUACAAGAGGCCAGUCUUACAAAGAACUAAUCACUAUGUAAUCAUGGCAAAGGUAUAAUUGUAAAUAUUAAAGAAUAUUA